AUCCCUUGAAGCGUUAAAUGUUGAGCUGUCCACCAUGACACUAUGUUUUGUAUUUUUUGUAUAUAAAUAUUGAGAUGCUUCAAUUAAAUUAGGAGAGAUGAGAGAGAGAGAGAGAGAGAGUGCUAGGGUUAGAGCUAGAGGACCGUUCAGCAAAGGAUCUGUGGUUCUGUUUUUGGUCAUAUGGGAAGGUGGUGGAUGUGUAUAUCCCACAAGGCGAGAUCAAAGAGGUCGUCGGUUUGGGUUCGCGCGUAUGGCGGGUGCCUUUGAUGUCAAGGACAUGGAGAGGAGACUAAACCAGAUUUGGCUGGAUUCCUAUCGCCUUAAAGUGAAGGUGGCAGAGAAUAUGAAAGAAGGGAAGGUUGAGUUUAGGGUGGCUCAAAACAGAAAGGAAGAGAAACAAUGGGUCAGAAGGGAUGCGAGGGUGACGCCUGGGAGGUCGUAUGCACAGGCUGUUGCUGCUAGUCCGGGUGCAGUUGCGGAAGGUUUAUCCUCGAACAAGGGGAAUAGACAAUUGAUGGCAAUGAGAGAGAUGGAGGAAACAGCAGACGGGAAUGCAUUGGAGGGUGUCUCGAUGAAGGCUUCUGCAGUGAUACUUGAAAAAGCCUCAGAGAAACUGUCUGUGCCAUUGAUAACGGAAGGGGUAGCCGGAGCAACGUCUCCUAUACAAGGCGAUUUGGUGUUAGAAUUCUUGCCUAGUGAUGAGGAAGUGGCUUGGUUGAAUAGGAGUAUGGUGGCUGUGGUCCGGUCUUUAGAUAUGGUGAGACAAAUUCAACAUAGGAUGGAUGUUGAUGGUUUAAUGGUGAAUGUUGCACUGUUAGGAGGUAGACAGAUCAUUUUGGUUGAUAAUUCAGAAGGAUGUCUUGUGGAGUUCAUGGAGAAUAAUAAGGAGCUAACAGAGUUAUGGUUCGAAUGGGUGCAACCAACAUCUUUAUCCACGGUUUCAGCUGUAAGUCGUUUGGCUUGGCUGCGAUUUUCCGGUGUCCCUUUACAUUCAUGGAGCGAGCGUUGCUUUGCUGAGCUAGGGGGAUUAAUUGGCGAGGUUAUACUCGUGGAUGAAGAUACGAAGAGCAAAUCAUUUUUGUGUGAAGGACGGGUUCUCAUUCUGUGUGAAACAAGGGCCAAAAUCUCAGCAUCAAUACUCCUGAAGGUGGGUCAUGAAGCUUUUCCGAUUGAAGUGGCUGAGGAGGAGUGGAGGAUGGAUCCCGACUGGUGGCUGGCCGGGGAGCGGAGGAAUCCGACGUCAGAAUCGGUCUCAGAAUAUUCCAGUGAUGAGGGCAGCGAAUCUGGCUUAAUUGCUACCGGAUUUUGCGGAGAAGAUGAAGCCAUGAAUGGCGAUAUUCAAGCUGUAACGGAUGCUGCAACGGAAGGAGGGUCUUUUGAAAAUUUUGAAUUAAUGGGGAUGGAGAUGUGUGGGCUGGAUGGGGCAGAUUUAGUAGGGCUAGCGGGGGAUGAUUUAAUUGGGCCGAAGGGUGUGGACAUGGUUGGGCCAGCAACAACGAGGUCUGGUGAGCAACGGGCUGUAGGUGGGUGUGUUAGUGGGUUUUUGACUUCUAAUGAUGUGCUUCAGCAACAGGGGGAAAAAAAAAAUAAAAGGAGCAGAGAUCUAGGGUCAAUAUAUGCGGGAAAUGAGGGUAUCGGGGAUGCAGUGGAUGGGAAGACAAAAUUAAAAGCAGGGGAGACGAGUUGGGUAACUGCAAGAACAAAAUGCAGAAGGGAUCGAAGAAGCAAGGCCAACCGAGAGGUACCCAGGCCGGAGCUGCAGACGGGAAGCUUCUCUUUGUCCGAUGGGUGCAUCCAGAACAGAAACCGAGUGAUUCGGCAGCAGAUCCAGCUGGAAGAGGUGCAGAAGUUGUUCAUGUUGGGGCAAAGAUUGGGGGUUAAGUGUCAAGAAAAUGAAGAUGAAGUGCUGUCUCGGGGUUUGGGUAGUGUGGUGAAAAGAAAAGAGGUUUCCAAGUUAGUAAGAAAGGAGAGUCCAGAUUUUUUGUUUAUUCAGGAAACAAAGCUUGAACAAAUUGAUAUGUCUGUGUGUCGGUUAGUGUGGAAUUCAGAUGAUUUUGAAUGGGUGAUGCAAAAAUCAAAUGGUAAUUCGGGUGGUAUGCUGUGCAUAUGGAAUAAGAGGAAUUUUGUGAAACAGAGGGUAGUGGAAGGUCAAGGUUUCAUCGGGAUUUCAAGGGAGUGGGGUCAACAUCGGAUUCAAUGCACUUUUGUUAAUGUUUAUGCGCCGUGCGACAGGCAACGCAGAGUUGUGUUGUGGGGGGAAUUGAGCAGGUUAGUUUUGGAUGAGGGUGGGAGAUGGCUUUUGGCAGGGGAUUUCAAUGCUGUUCGUAAUAGUGCGGAGAGGAAAGGGAGGAUGGGCGAGACUCAGGACAUGGAAGAAUUUAAUCUUUUUGUGCAAGAGACGGGUUUGGUAGAUAUUCGGUUGAGGAAUAGAAAGUUUACAUGGUAUAGACCGGAUGGAACUUCGAUGAGUAGACUUGAUAGGUUCCUGCUAUCCACUGAAAUGAGUUGUAUGGAGGGAGAUUGGAUUCAAGAGGGCAUUCGAAGGUCAAUCUCAGAUCACUGCGCAAUUAUUUUGAAAUCAAGAGGUGUUGAUUGGGGUCCCAAGCCCUUUCGGGUACUCGAUGUAUGGCAACAUCAUAAUGAUUUUAGAAAGUUUAUCGAUGAAAGAUGGAAGACGAUGCAGAUUGAAGGAUGGGCAGCCUACAAGUGCAAGCAGAAGUUGAAAUUGUUAAAAGAGGAAUGCAAAAGGUGGAAUGACAGGGUGUUUGGCAAUGUGGAAGCCCGAUCUGAUAAAUUGAGGAAUGAGAUUGAGAGGCUGGAUAAAAAAUGUGAGGUGGAAGGGUUGAAUGAGGCCGAGGUGAAGCAGCGAAGGGAGGCUUUUCAGGAGCUAGGGGAGACAUUAAAGCAGCGGGAAUUAGUAUGGAAACAGAAAUCAAGAGCUAAGUGGGCUAGAUUUGGAGAUGCAAAUACAGCAUUUUUUCAUAGGAGUGUGCAUGCUCGAAGGGCUCAAAAUACAAUCUCAGGUAUCUACGGUGAUAAUGGGUGGGUUGAGGAGCCUGAGCUUGUUAAGGCGGAGGCAGUGAAGUACUUCACCAAGGUUUUUCAGAAUGAACAGUGGUGCCGACCGACGAUGGAUGGGAUUUCAUUCCGGAGAAUUUCAGAGGAACAACGAGAAUGGCUAGAACGACCUUUUACCAUAGAGAAAAUUGAAGAGGGGCUUAAUGAUUGUGACGGCUCCAAGGCUCCAGGUCCAGAUGGUUUUAAUUUUAACUUUGUAAAGUUUGCCUGGAGCACCGUGAAGGACGAUUUUGUGAAUUUUGUGACGGAAUUUCAUCGCAAUGGGAGGUUAGUCAAUGGUUUAAAUUCUUCAUUUCUGGCAUUAAUACCAAAAAAGAUGAAUCCUGAGCAAUUCAAGGAGUAUAGACCUAUUAGCUUGAUAGGGUGUCUAUAUAAAUUACUGGCUAAGGUUUUAGCCAAUCGGUUGAAGAUGGUUAUGGAGGGUAUCAUUAGUGAGUCACAGGCAGCUUUUAUUGGAGGUAGGCAACUGGUCGACAGUGUGUUAGUUCUGAAUGAGGUUGUGCAUGAGGUGAAAUGGAGGAAGCAAGAGUGCUUUAUUUUAAAGGCGGAUUUUGAGAAAGCCUACGACUGUGUGGACUGGGGUUUUCUUGAUUGGAUGAUGAAUAGAAUGGGGUUUGGGGUGAAGUGGAGGAAGUGGAUGUUGGAGUGUCUUUCAACAUCGAGGAUCUCCAUUUUAAUAAAUGGAAGUCCGACGAAUGAAUUUCCAGUUCGCAACGGUCUUCGCCAAGGUGAUCCCCUGUCACCUUUUUUGUUCUUGUUAGUUGCAGAAGGUUUGUGUGGGCUUGUCAAAAAAGCAGAGAGUGAAGGUCUCUUGAAGGGUGUCGAGAUUGGACGGGGAGGCACGUUGUUAUCUUUGUUACAGUUUGCGGAUGACACGGUGUUUAUGGGGAAGGCUGAUGUUGAUAAUUUACGGGUUGUAAAGGCCAUUCUAAAUUGGUUUCAACUGAUCUCCGGGUUGAAGAUCAACUUUGGGAAGAGCUAUUUGUAUGGCUUCAAUGUGUCGGAAGGGUGGGUUAAAGGCGCCGCUGACAUUUUGCGUUGUGGGGUGGGCAAAAUGCCUUUUACUUAUCUUGGCUUGCCAGUAGGAGGGAAUUCAGGGAGAAGACAGUUUUGGAACCCAGUGCUGGACCGUUUCCGCCAGAAGCUUGCCUCCUGGAAAAGCCCCUUGCUGUCGUUCGGAGGUCGAAUAACUUUAAUCAACUCGGUACUCUCUGCUCUCCCUAUAUUUUAUUUAUCUUUAUUUAAGAUUCCUAAAGGUGUUUUGCGCGAGAUGAUUAAAAUUCAAAGAAGUUUCUUUUGGGGGGGUGUUAACUUGGAUAGGAAAAUUGCAUGGGUUAGCUGGGAGUACGUGUGUAUGGAUAAGGGGAAGGGUGGCUUAGGAGUUGCUGAUUUGGAGAGGAGGAAUUGUAGUUUGUUGGGAAAAUGGUGGUAUAGGCUAGGUGAUGGUGUUGAUGGUUUAUGGAAGCGGGUUCUUUGGGAGAAAUAUUAUGGAGGAAGAAAGGAGGUUGAUGUUACGUCAGUUGGGACUUGGAAUAUGUCAGGUGUGUGGAAGGACAUUGUGGGUCUUGGCAGAAGGUCGGAACGGUUAGAAGCAAUGUUAGGAAAAGGUUUUAAGUGGAAAGUGGGGAAUGGGAGUUGUGUAGACUUUUGGCAUGAUAAAUGGGUGGGGGAUAAACCAUUACGAAAUUUAUUCCCUCGGUUGUAUGCAUUAGCUAUUACUAGGGAGGGACUGUUAAAGGAUAUGGGGUUUUGGAGUGCUGAAACUUGGAUAUGGGAUUGUAGGUGGAGGCGUAAUUGUGUAGGGAGGGGAGUGGGGGCGGAAGAACAGUUUAGGGAGUUAAUAAAUAGGGUUGGGUUGCAUAGGGGAAAGGCUGAUUCUUGGAGCUGGAUUCAUAGUGCUGAUGGUGUUUAUUCGGCUAAGAAGGCUUAUGACUUUUUAUCACCGAAAUGUUCUAUUUUGGAUGAGAAAUGGUCUAGGGUUCUUUGGGGUAAGUAUGUUCCUUCCAAAUUGAGUAUUUUUGGGUGGAGAUUACUUUUGAACAGGUUAGCUACAAAGGAUAACUUGUGUCGGAGAGGGGUUGUUGUACCAGGGGGGAACGUUUGUUGUGAGUUUUGUCAUGAGGGUGUCGAGCAUCUCCAGCAUAUUUUCUGUGAGUGUAAAGCAGUUUGGCUGGUUUGGAGGAAGGUUUUGGGUUGGUGGGGGGUCCAGAGUCCUCUGCCAAAAGAUGUUUUUGGAUUGGCGGAUGUUGUGGUGGCUGGAAUCAACGGGGAGUGCUGGACGGAGGUGAAAGGUUUGAAGAUCAAAUAUUGGACUCUAUUCAGUCCAAAUCUUUUUUUUGGCUCAAAAGCAAGGAACAAGGCUGCAGUUUCUCCUAUACAGAUUGGCUUUUACGUCCGUCGGAGUGCAAGAAGACCAUAGUUCAACAUGGCAAGAAUCUAAGGAUCUACAAGAAGAUGUAUUUGUUAUCUUCUUAGUGGCUGUCUGUUAGAUCUUUUACUUCAUGGCGUAAUUUGCUAGGGAGUUUUGUUGGUUUAUUUUCUCUUUUUGUCUUGUAAGUGGGCAGGAGUACCCCUUGUACUCCAUUUAAUAAAUUUCUUUUUGCUGA